GUCUCAGUUUCACCACUUGAGCUUGGGACCCACCGCUGCUCUCAGCCCGAGUCUGGGGCGAGCGCAGAGCGGGUGCAGGAGGCGCGAGAGGGUGACGGUCGGCGCGCCGGGCAUGAACCUGGAGGGCGGCAGCCGAGGCGGCGAGUUCGGCAUGAGCGCGGUGAGCUGCGGCAACGGGAAACUCCGCCAGUGGCUGAUCGACCAGAUCGACAGCGGCAAGUACCCGGGGCUGGUGUGGGAGAACGAGGACAAGAGUGUGUUCCGCAUCCCCUGGAAGCACGCGGGCAAGCAGGACUACAACCGAGAAGAGGACGCCGCGCUCUUCAAGGCUUGGGCACUAUUUAAAGGAAAGUUCCGAGAAGGCAUUGAUAAGCCAGACCCUCCUACCUGGAAGACACGUUUGCGGUGUGCUUUGAACAAGAGCAAUGACUUUGAGGAACUGGUUGAGAGGAGCCAGCUAGACAUCUCAGACCCCUACAAAGUCUACAGGAUUGUUCCUGAGGGGGCCAAAAAAGGAGCAAAGCAGCUCACCCUGGAAGACCCACAGAUGACCAUGAACCACCCCUACACCAUGACAGCACCUUAUGCCUCCCUGCCAGCUCAGCAGGUUCAUAACUACAUGAUGCCACCCCAUGACCGAAGUUGGCGGGACUAUGUGCCUGAUCAGUCACACCCCGAAAUCCCGUAUCAGUGUCCUGUGGCCUUUGGACCUCGCAGCCACCACUGGCAAGGCCCAACCUGUGAAAACGGUUGCCAGGUGACAGGAACCUUUUAUGCUUGUGCCCCGCCUGAGUCCCAGGCCCCCGGGAUCCCCAUAGAGCCAAGCAUAAGGUCUGCUGAAGCCCUGGCGCUCUCAGACUGCCGGCUCCACAUCUGUCUGUACUACCGAGAGAUCCUGGUGAAAGAGCUGACCACGUCCAGCCCUGAAGGCUGCCGUAUCUCUCAUGGCCACACCUAUGAUGCCAGUAACCUGGACCAGGUCCUCUUCCCCUACCCGGAGGACAACGGCCAGAGGAAGAACAUUGAAAAGCUGCUGAGCCACCUAGAAAGGGGUGUGGUCCUCUGGAUGGCCCCUGAUGGGCUUUAUGCCAAAAGACUGUGCCAGAGCAGGAUCUACUGGGACGGGCCUCUAGCGCUGUGCAGCGACCGACCCAACAAGCUGGAAAGGGACCAGACCUGCAAGCUCUUCGACACGCAGCAGUUCUUGUCCGAGCUGCAAGCAUUUGCUCACCAUGGCCGUCCCCUGCCAAGAUUCCAGGUGACUCUGUGCUUCGGGGAGGAGUUUCCAGAUCCUCAGAGGCAAAGGAAGCUCAUCACUGCGCAUGUCGAACCUCUACUAGCCAGGCAGCUCUAUUAUUUUGCUCAACAAAACAGUGGACAUUUCCUGAGGGGCUAUGACUUACCCGAACACGUCAGCAGCCCUGAGGAUUAUCACAGAUCCAUCCGCCACUCCUCCAUUCAGGAAUGAAAAACAUCCAGACGAGGGACUUGGUUUCACUGUAAAUUUCUGGUCUGGCAAGAACACCUGAUUGAACCCCCUCUUUUAUGUUUGAAGAACUUGGAAUUUGGGGCAUCAGUUCAACAUAGGAGGAGAAACUCAGCAAGAAUAUGUGUAGAAACUCAGCUCCAUCUCAUUGAGAGAUGAGCUCCUUCCACGAGGAAGGAUGGUUCCCAGGCCUCUCUGUGGAUGGCCACCAUCAGUGACAGCUGUGAAAACUGACCAACACGCGUGUUUACAUUUCCCUAAAUGCUCUGUCUGAUUGAUGUGGAUCUUUCUUGCUUGAAGACUGAGAAAAUGUUUCAGUAUUGACCACUAAGUGAGGAAAGCACUCAAGUGUUGUAUUAUUUCUCAGGGAAGUAAAACCUAAGUCUGAGGCUACUCUGCCCACAACAGCAAUGUUCUAAUGCAAGUAGGGGAUGUUGCUCUUGUAGAAAAUGCUUGCUGAAGGCAGGAAACAG